AUGCGCUCCUCACUCCUUGUGCUGUCCUCCGCCGCAGCUCUAGCUAUUGCAGGCCCUUGCGACAUCUAUGCAUCUGGCGGAACGCCAUGUGUUGCAGCCCACAGCACCACCCGUGCCCUUUACAGCGCGUUUUCCGGUUCCCUUUACCAAGUAAAACGUGGCUCUGACGGUGCGACGACCAACAUUGCCCCCUUGUCUGCAGGCGGUGUUGCCAAUGCUGCCGCUCAAGACUCCUUCUGUUCUGGCACAACAUGCCUGAUCACCAUCAUCUACGACCAGUCUGGCAAAGGAAAUCACCUCACCCAAGCACCGCCAGGUGGUUUCAAGGGCCCCGCAGCCAACGGCUUCGACAAUCUUGCUUCUGCCACUGCUGCACCAGUCACACUCGGGGGACACAAGGCAUAUGGUGUCUUCGUUGCCCCAGGAACGGGUUAUCGCAAUGAUGCUACCAAUGGCAUUGCCAAGGGGGAUGCUGCCGAGGGCAUGUAUGCAGUUUUGGAUGGAACUCACUUCAAUGGGUGCGGCUGCUGCUUCGACUACGGCAAUGCUGAGACUAGUGCGAAGGACACUGGUAAUGGCCACAUGGAGGCGAUUUACUUUGGUAAUAACAAAGUCUGGGGUACUGGCUCUGGCAACGGACCAUGGAUCAUGGCAGACCUUGAAAACGGCCUCUUCUCUGGCCAGGGCACCAAACUCAACUCUGGCGAUCCUACGCAAACUUCUCGCUUCCUCACGGCCGUUGUCAAAGGCCAGCCUGGCUUGUGGGCUAUCCGUGGCGGAAACGCCGCUUCUGGUUCUUUGUCUACCUACUACAGCGGUGGGCGGCCAACAGUCGGAGGGUAUUCGCCGAUGUCCAAAGAGGGAGCUAUUAUCCUUGGGAUCGGCGGUGACAACAGCAACGGAGCCCAGGGCACCUUCUACGAGGGUGUGAUGACAACUGGCUAUCCUUCUGACGCGACGGAGAACUCGGUCCAGGCCAACAUCGUCGCUGCCGGCUACGGAACAUCUUCACUCGUCGGCGGGCCAGCGAUUAACAUCAACUCAACCAUCUCCCUUCGCGCUACAACUGCGGGUUACGACACUCGCUAUAUCGCCCACAAUGGCGCCGCGGUCAAUACCCAAGUCGUCACCUCAUCCAGCACCAAUGCGCUGAAGCUCUCCGCGAGCUGGACCGUCGUUCCUGGGCUCGGAAACAGCGGAUGCAUCUCCUUGCAGUCACGUGACACCACUGGCAGUUACCUGCGCCACUCCAACUUUGCACUUCAAGUCAGCGCCAACGAUGGCUCGCAAGCAUUCCGCGAAGACGCGACUUUCUGCCCAGAGGCGGGACUCAACGGCCAGGGCAACACCAUCCGCAGCUGGAGUCACCCCACCCGCUUCUUCCGACAUUUCAACAACAAUCUCUAUGUCAGCUCCAACGGCGGUGUCCACGAUUUCGAUGCCACGGGGGCUUUCAAUGACGACGUUAGUUUUGUUGUAAGCGCCGCAUUUGCUUGA